AUGGGCCAUGUCCAUCUGGUUCAUAUUGCCCUGAGGGAACACCAAACCCUGUUCAUUGCCCUGCCGGCACAUAUCAGCCGUCAACGCGUGCCUCCAACCAGAAUGAUUGCAUCCAAUGCAAAGCAGGCUGGAUCGAGUCAAGCGGAACCACCGGCAAACAAAUGUCGUGUAGGGCAUAUGUGUCCAAUGGGUUCAAGCUUUGAAAUCCCGUGCCGCCCCGUGAGCUUCUACAAUCCAAAGGAGGGAAUUGCGUCAGUACUGAGCUGCUUGCCCUGUCCUCCUGGUAAAUACUGCGGCAGUGCAGGCCUCGCUGAACCAUCUGGAAAGUGCGCAGCGGGCUUCUACUGCUCCAGUGGAGCACGUUAUGCUAACGAAGUGCUUAGCGGUGCGGGAAUGUGGAAGCUCCAGAUGAAGGUAUUGAAAGCAUAUUCUAUCCAAAACUCUGUGUCGAGGCAGGUCUCUGUCCAGUCGGACACAUCUGCCCCGCAGGAACUGGUACUCCGCAAAAAUGUCCCGUUGGAAAAUACUGCGCCUCCAUGGGGCUUUCAGUUCACUCAGGAGAAUGCCAAGCAGGGUUCUUCUGCGAUGAAGGCUUCUUCUGCGGCGAAGGGAGUUCAACUCCCGUCGAUCAUGGCAAAGUUUGUACUGCAGGGCACUACUGCCCCGAGGGAUCUGCAGAGCCUAUUCCUUGCAGCGGAGGCACAUACCAGCCGCAGAGCGGUGCAACAUCGUGCAUCACAUGUCCACAAGGUGCGCCGGCGGCCGCUGCAGCAGUUCAGCGUUUCUUACGAAUACAAGCUCAGCGUUGUACCUGUCAGUGUGUUUGCCAUUGUUUGA